AUGGCCUAAGUAGCUCCAGCUCCAGCCCCUGUCCUGGUCAAAGUAGCCAAGAAAGCGGCUCCGAGGCCAAGAAAGACCGGCCCCAGCGUCAGUGAGCUGAUCGUUAGAACUGUGUCUGCUUCACAGGAGCGGGGCGGCGUGUCGACGGCCGCCCUCAAGAAGGCUCUGGCUGCCGACUGCUACGAUGUAGAGAGAAACAAGGCCCGUGUUAAGACCGCCAUUAAGAGCCUGGUCGCUAAGCGCACGCUGGUGCAGACCAAGGGGACCGGGGCCUCCGGUUCCUUCAAGAUGAACAAGAAGGCUGAACCCAAGGUCAAGAAACCUGCUGCUAAGAAAGCCACAGUGGCCAAAAAGACGGCAAAGAAAGCCACCAAGACCCCAAAGAAGAAGGCCACUGCAGCCAAGAAGACUCCUGCAAAGAAGGCAACUAAAGCUAAGAAAAACAUGGCAGAAGAAGCUCCAGCAGCCGCGCCGGCUAAAGCCCCGGCCAAAGCCCCGAAGAAGAAGGCCGUCCGGCCCAAGAAGGACGGGCCCAGCCUCCCGAAGCUCAUCGUCGCCGCCGUGGCCGAGUCCAAUGAGCGCAAGGGGACGUCCAUAUCGGCCCUCAAGAAGGCGCUGGCGGCGAAAGGCGUCGAUGUGAUCAAGGCCAACAAACGCAUCAACACCGCCGUCACCAAGCUGGUCGCCAAGGCGGUCCUGGCCCAGACUAAAGGCACCGGGGCCUCCGGCUCCUUCAAGCUCGCGAAGAAGGAGCCCAAAGCCGCCAAACCAGCGGCCAAAAAGGCCGCCGCUAAGAAGACCAAGACAGCAGCAGCCAAGAAGGUAGCAGUCAAGAAGACACCUAAGAAAGCGAAGAAGCCCGCCACAGCAAAGAAAACUGCCAAGAGCCCUAAAAAGGCAGCAAAGAGCCCCAAAAAGGCAACUAGAAGUCCUAAAAAGGCAACUAAAAGCCCCAAGAAGACAGCCAAGGUUCCCAAGAAGGCAGCCAAGAGCCCAAAGAAGGCUGCUGCAAAGAAGGCAGCCAAGCCCAAAGUCAAGAAGACAGCAGCCAAGAAGAAGUGA